AUGGCUGACCCUCGGGUUCUAUACACCAUCAACAACAUUCGCGCCUACCACAUACAGGAUGGCGAAGAGACCGAACUCACCCCAUCUGGGCCACAGACCCUAUCCCUGUUGAUGGUGCCUACCACACCGCCCUACACCGGAGAAGACUCGGGACAGCAGCCGCCAGAGGAGGACUUCUACCUCCAUUUGAACCUCCCUCCAGAACUGGACAUGCCGCUGCCAGCAACCACCCAAAUAUACCAUCAGCCUCCAAAUAGCUAUCUGAUUCCGCGCUGGGACCUUGGCCCCGAUGCCGGCGCUUUUAUUCGCUUGGAGUUUCCCGGUAUUGGCUCCGGUGCGGGCAAAGUUUCGCAAGACGACGUCGACACCUUUGAGACUAUCCUCGCUCAAUGCACAGCUUUUCUCGAACGCGCCGGUCCGCCGCCGAAUCAUGCCCCAUAUAACCCUGCCGAUUAUGCGCCGGGUGAGGGUUACGUAUCCUCUCAGACCCAGAUAGCCUCGGCAGAUAGUAAGGCCCAGCAAAGUCAGAUUGUAUUGGUAGAUGAGGAAGAUGGAAGCGUUGUUGGUGAGCUCUCGGAUGGAUACGACGUGGUUGAAAAGCCGGAGGUGAAACCGGGGUCCAAAAAUCCUGUUGAGAUCCAUCUGCCAUCUGAAGGCGAGGGCCGUCAAAUCAGCGUCAGCAACGUUUCUGAAGAGUAUCUUCGCAUGGCGCGACACCCAGCCUACAAGGAUUCCACCAUUGUGCAGACAUCGGCAAGAGCAUCUCGGCUGAUCGUUACUGGUUCAAACUACCUAGCCAACAAACUUACUAGUGGAGCGGAUAGCUUCACUCAGAGAACCAAACCCAAUCCGGAGCCAUUAAGGUUCGCGCCCGCAACACAAGCCCGAAUCCGCAAAGUUCACAACCUAUCACAGUCUGCCGCUGGAUUGUCGGCACGCACUGCAGGCUCAAUUGGGCGAGUGGCGCAAAACUUUGGGGCGAGCCUAAGCCGGCGCAAAGACAUGCCUAAUGGCCCCUCAUAUCAGGGAUAUGGGCGCGAUGGUAGUUCUGUUAGCGCCAAGGCUGGUGUCAUGAAUAAAUCUCUGAUCGCUUUCUCUACGAUAAUGGAUGGAAUCGAGCAAAGUGCGCGGACCAUGCUCAAUUCCGGUUCCACUGCCGCCAGCACUAUGAUUAAUCAUCGCUAUGGACCCGACGCUGGGAAUGUUGCAUCGGACAUUACACGAGGAUUCAGAAACGUUGGAUUGGUGUAUAUUGACGCCUCGGGCGUGAGUCGCAAGGCAGUUCUCAAAUCCGUGGCCCGGGGCAUGGUUGUGGGACGCAUGCAUAACGGUCAACAGGUCGUUGUCGGCACUGGUGAUGGAGGACAGGUUCCAGAUGGAGCCCCGCCAGCCAAGCCCGAAUAUGUGUAUUAUGGUGGCAGCAUUAAUGGGACCAACACUAGCAACGGUAGUAGCAGCAGAAGCCAUCUGCCGCCGCCGCCUCGACGACGAACCCGUACUCCGUCCCCUCCUCCUGCAUAUGGUGCUGCGGGGACUCAUCCUCUGGGGGGUACUGCGCCAGGAGGGAAACGUUAA